AUGGCAAUGAUUCGUGCAGCCGCCGUCAGUCUUCACGUUUUAUCGUUAGUAGAAGUGUUUAAUUUGGUCUCCUCGAAGCAACAAAUCCCCUCGCAUUUUGUCUGUUUUCGUACUUCCUUCUUUCCACCCCCAACCUUUUCAUUCAUAGAACGAUGUCGAGAUCCUCCAAGUGACACCGCUGGACGCACAUGCGGUGCCAUCCCCACCAUCCUCACCAAAAACAUUCGGAUGGAUGACGUCACGCUGCACUGGGAUCUCUGGGACACGAGCGUCGCCAGUGAACAACAGACAACCUGCUCCUCCUCAGCUGCCUCGCUCGGCCGCUCGCAGCAGUCCUCACGUGGUUCCUCGCCGGACCACCGCCUCUCCGCCUCAGAACCGGCAGAAUCGAGCACGAAGGUAUAG